UUCACACAUCCCAAACUCUUUUCAGAGUGAGUGAAAUGACGACUUUGUCCCUCGUCCUUUACUCACUAGCUACCGGAAUCUUCAUCUACUUUCUCCUGAACUUACUUUCACUUCUUGACCGCCGCCGUCUUCCGCCGGGACCCAGACCAUGGCCGGUGAUCGGAAACCUACCUCAUCUAGGUCCUAUGCCACACCAUUCUCUAGCAGCCAUGGCUAAGACAUAUGGGCCAUUGAUGCAUCUACGACUCGGUCAGGUUCAUGUGGUGGUGGCGGCGUCAGCUUCUGUAGCAGCACAGUUUCUUAAGAAACACGAUGCAAAUUUCUCGAGCCGGCCACCGAAUUCUGGUGCGAAACAUAUUGCUUAUAAUUAUCAAGAUCUUGUUUUUGCUCCUUAUGGUCCAAGGUGGCGGAUGCUUAGAAAGAUCUGUUCUGUUCAUCUUUUCUCUACUAAAGCUUUGGAUGAUUUCCGACAUGUUCGACAGGAGGAGAUUGCGACACUAACAAAGGUUCUAACAAACGCGGCCGGUCGGACCGAAGUGAAUUUGGGGCAGCUGUUAACCGUUUGCACAACCAACGCCUUAGCUCGUCAGAUGCUCGGAAAACGAGUCUUUAGCGACGGAAGCAACGGCGUUGAUCCGAAAUCCGACGAUUUCAAGGGAAUGGUGGUGGAAUUGAUGGUUCUUGCCGGUGUUUUCAAUAUCGGGGAUUUCAUUCCUGGUCUCGAUUGGCUCGAUCUACAGGGAAUUGCGUCUAAGAUGAAGAAAUUGCACUCGCGUUUUGAUGCGUUUUUAAGCGAGAUCUUGGAGGAACAUAAAACUCAUCUUCAUGGUGGUGCUGAUAAGAACUCUACAGAUUUGCUUAGUACUCUAUUACUACUCAAGGACAGUACCGACGCCGAUGCCGGCGAUGGCGGAAAACUUACCGACACUGAAAUCAAAGCCCUACUUUUGGAUCUAUUCACAGCUGGAACCGAUACAUCGGCGAGCACAACCGAAUGGGCAAUAGCGGAGCUAAUCCGCCAUCCAAAAGUCAUGACCCAACUCCAACUAGAGAUGGAUACGGUUGUGGGCCGAAACAGGCUCGUAAGCGAAGCCGACCUUCCCCAACUCCCAUACCUUCAAGCCGUGAUCAAGGAAGUUUUCCGCAUGCACCCGUCAACUCCACUUUCUCUGCCCCGAAUGGCGGCAGAGGAAUGUGAGAUCGACGGGUACAUCAUUCCGAAGGGCUCAACUCUUUUGAUGAAUGUGUGGGCCAUAUCGCGUGAUCCAAAAUCAUGGGCCGACCCGUUAGAAUUCAAGCCCGAAAGAUUUUUGCCCGGUGGGGAGAAGUCGAAUGCCGAUAUUCGUGGGAAUGAUUUCGAGGUUAUACCGUUUGGUGCGGGUCGGAGGAUAUGUGCGGGUAUGAGUCUCGGGUUAAGGAUGGUUCAGAUUUUGACUGCUAGUUUGGUUCAUGCAUUUGAUUGGGGAUUGCCUAAUGGUUUAUUGGCUGAGAAGCUUAAUAUGGAUGAGGCCUAUGGGCUGACUUUGCAAAGGGCAUCUCCUUUAGUGGUGCAUCCUAAGCCUAGGCUUGAUGCCCAUGUUUAUGGGGCUUUUUAAUUUGGAAUGUUAUUGGUUUUAUUAGGUAUUCUAUCUUGAAAACUGUCAACUAUGUGAUUUGAAUAAUUCACUUUCUCUAUCUUAUAAUAAUGUCAUCAUAUUUUAAGCUU